AGCUGUUCAUCAUGGUGAUCAUCAUCACCAUUAUCGUCGUGGGUAACCUUCUGGUCAUCAUUUCUAUUGCACGCACCUCCCAGCUGCAGACCAUGACGAAUAUCUUCAUCAUGUCAUUGGCAUGCGCUGACCUCAUAAUGGGGGUGCUGGUGGUGCCACUGGGUGCCACAAUUGUCGUAACGGGGAAAUGGCAACUCACCAAGACUUUGUGCGAGUUAUGGACAUCGGUUGAUGUGUUAUGCGUCACUGCCAGUAUAGAGACCCUUUGCAUCAUCGCAGUGGAUCGGUACAUUGCAAUCACGCGGCCUCUGCGGUAUAAAGUGCUCCUGAAUAAGUGUAGGGCUCGAAUUAUCGUUUGUGUCGUGUGGCUGGUCUCAUCUCUAAUCUCCUUCGUCCCCAUUAUGAACCAGUACUGGCGUGUGGAGAAUGGCGAUAAAUUCAUAAGAAAAUGUAACGAGGACCCCAAGUGCUGUGAUUUUAUAGCAAAUAAGCACUUUGUUAUAAUUUCAUCAGUGGUUUCAUUCUACAUCCCACUACUCAUCAUGAUUUUUGUCUAUGCACGCGUCUUUCUCAUUGCCACACGACAGAAACAGCUAAUCGACAAAAACCGUUUGAGGUUCCAAAAUGAGUGCAUAGGAAAUCGGGUACAGCCGACGCACCACGGCAACAACAACUUACCUUCGACGUGCAAUAAUGUCGGAGGAACGACGGCAAGGCGGAAAAGUUCCCGAAGGCGACCGUCAAGAAUAACCGUCGUCAAGGAGCACAAGGCCCUCAAGACACUGGGCAUCAUCAUGGGCGUCUUCACACUCUGCUGGUUGCCUUUCUUUGUGGCGAACAUCAUCAAUGUCUUCAAUCGAGAAGUGCCGACCAAGGACAUUUUUCGUUUAUUAAACUGGUUAGGCUACAUCAACUCUGGCCUCAACCCCAUCAUCUACUGUCGAAGUCCAGAGUUUCGUGUGGCCUUCAAGAACCUUCUUGGCUGUCCCUGGUUGCCCUCUCUAAAAAUGAACUUCCUUUUCAAGGGGCUUCGGACUCGAUGCCCCUGCUUCCUGGGGUCUGCGGAGCAAGGAAUGCCUGGAUCGUUCCAGAAGUCCCCCACAUUGCCAGAGACAUUGCCUGAAGAAGGGAGCAGUCAGAGCAGCUACAGGAGCGAGGAGGCAUCGCCGGGACCGCCACACUCCAAUGGCAGCACCUUCUUCAGUGAAUUCUCCGAAGCCGAGGCAGAGUUCUGUAACCUACAGGGGCAGGAUGGCUGAAAGUUUCUAGCAUGGCUGAAAGAAAAGGACGCUGAUGAAGAAACAGACUAAAGGACUGACCUACGUCACAGUUGGCUGGACUUCCCCAGCAGAGACCACAAGGGCCCAGCAAAACAUCCAUGAAGCCAUCAGGGGAACCAGCUCCAAAAAUGAAAGACAAAAGAGUGAAAAGAUAUAACCACAGAGAGACAAGCGCUGAGAGAAAUUACUCACAAACAGCCCAUCUAUGGAGAGAACGACUGAACUGGUACUGCUCAUGGAGGAGUGUAAUUCAGAGCGAUCCGAAACUGCUUACGUUCUAUCCGUAAGCCGCGGAGAUCUGGCGCGAUCCACUUCAGCCCGGUUUGGUCUGGUUUGUUUGGCAAAAAACGAACCAGACCUGUGGGUCCUCCAACAUGUGUUUUAGUGCUAUGUUCUGAGAAUGGACUUCUUUAAAUACAUGGACACAAUAACUCUGAGUAGACUCUUUAAGCACAGAGUG